AUGGCUACCUCUGGACGCCUCGGCUUCACCGUGCGCAGUCUCCUGGACUUACCGGAGCAGGACGCGCAGCACCUACGGAGGCGGGAGCCCGAGCUACGCGCCCCCGGCCCCUACGCCACCUGGCUGGAAUCGGAGCGCGGCCACUACCCCUCCUCGGACGAGAGCAGCCCAGAGGCCAGCCCGCGGGACUCGUCGCAGCGGCCGUCCGCUCGGCCUGCGUCUCCGGGCUCGGACGCCGAGAAGAGGAAGAAGCGGCGGGUGCUGUUCUCCAAGGCGCAGACGCUGGAGUUGGAGCGGCGCUUCCGGCAGCAGCGCUACCUGUCAGCGCCAGAGCGCGAGCAGCUGGCGCGCCUGCUGCGCCUCACGCCCACGCAGGUCAAAAUCUGGUUCCAGAACCAUCGCUACAAGCUGAAGCGCGCGCGCGCGCCGGGAGCCGCGGAGGCGCCCGACUUGGCAGCGGCAGCCGAGGUUCGCGCCGCGCCCGGCCUGCUGCGCCGCGUGGUGGUGCCCGUGCUGGUGCGCGACGGGCAACCGUGCGGCGGCAGUGGCGAGGUGGGCACGGCCGCCGCCCGGGACAAGAGCGGCGCGACCCCGGCAGCCGCCUGCCCUCUGCCAGGCUACACGGCCUUCGGUCCCGGCUCGGCGUUCGGCCUCUUCCCCGCCUACCAGCACUUAGCGCCCCCCGCCCUGGUCUCCUGGAACUGGUGAGGCAGCCGCGGGGCGCGGGCACCUGGGGCUUCGCCGGACUUGGGGUGCGCUCUGCGCCCGGAGCAGGGAUAGAGCCGGAGACCUGGAGCGCGUCCUGGGCCCCUCCUCCUUCGACGCGGGGGUCCCCUGCCCCGCCCUCAUCAAACAGCGCACCCGGAACUCUCGCCAAGAUACCCCCUCUCCUCUUCCCUCGACCGCCAGACCCAGAGCUAGAUUUUAU